GCUGUUGCCUUCCGCCAAUCAAUCCCAGCCUCCUUACUUUCAUUACCCCAAAACUGGGACCCAUUAAAAGCUUCCGGGAUGUGCAAAGGCCUGGCUGAAGCAGCAGAUAUCUAAAAGCUAGCGGACCGUUUAGUAUUCCGGGAGUUCCUUAAUCGAGCUAUGAAUGGCGGAGCAAUUGGCACAACUCCUCAUUAAGGCAGCUCAACAUCAUCUUAGCACUGGAAAGAAGAAAAGGUUAUCAUCUUCGGCCUCCUUGAAUGUAGCUGGGGAGGUCCUGGCAGUAGCAGCUGGUUUGAAACCAGCUUUUCUGUACGAUUACAAUUCUGCAGGGACUCCUCAGAUCCUGGACUACGUUCAACACCUUCAAACUAACCUUCAACUUGCAUGUCGGCUGCAUAUUCUUAAUAUAGCUGAGAAUGUUCUAAUCGUCAACUUGGAACUGAUGUGUUUGUGUCUGGAGUCAGUCCUGCUUAACAAUAAUGUCACCUUCAUUGACGUCUCUGCUUUUAGACCAGGUCCUACCUUUUCUAACCCAGAAAAUGUGAACCUUAUAAAAAUCCAUCUGUCAGAGAUAUUGCGUCAUAUUAAAGCGUUAACGGAAGAUACUUCCCGGACAAUAUCUUCAAGUGAACUCUUCUCGACGGAAUGGAAUUUGUGUACUCUAUUUGGUGUCUUGCUCGGGUAUCCAGCGUCCUACAAUUUUCCUAAUCAGAAGAGUUCUGAUAAUUGCCUUACACUAGUUCCGCUGAGAGUGUUUACGGUUCAAGCCACAUUUUGUACGGUCAACAGUGAUUUCAGAGUUCGGUUUUAUUCCUUCAGCGUCCCAGAACUCUUGUAUCCAGACGUGAAAACGAACCUCAGCGCAUGGUGUGAAAAACUCACAGAUGCUUUUAAAGCUCAGAAAGAAUUUGCUGAUCUCUGCAUUGCAAGCGAGGUGGUUGUUCUAUCAGCAGUAGCCUUGUAAAUAUGGAUCUCGGUUUAGAGACAGAUAACAGUGCUUCUCCACAGUAUUCUACUGAUUUUGUUUAAAAGCUUCAGAACAGGGGCAGUUUGGAAGCAUAGUUCUAGCAAUUACCAUAUUUUUCGGAGUAUAAGACGCACCCCCCCCCAAAAAAGAGGGUGAAAAGCU